AUGAGUGGGAAAAAGAAGAAAAUCAUCAAGAAGAAAAAGAGCGGUAUGGUAAAAUCAGACUCUAAACCUGAUGACUUAAAGAGUAUCGUAUCAAAUACAUCGACAGAUACUGUAAAAACUACUAAAACAGCUAAAUCUGCCGAAAAAGCUAAAACAGUUAGAAGAAAAACAACGAAAUCAGUUGCAUCACAACCAACAAAAUCUAAAAAGGUUCCUAAACCAAAAUCUGGAAAAGGCAAGUCAUUAGCAAAAACAGAUCUAAAUUCAAUCAAAAUGUCUGAAAAGAAACUCCCACCUGAGGAUACAGGCAAAACUAUUAAAGUUCCUAAGUUCGUACCUGUAUCUUAUCAAGAAUUUCAAUAUCAAAAAACCCAACAACUCGAUAUCAACAAAAUAAUCAAUGAUGCACCAGCGAACUCAUUGAUUACUAUACCUUCAGGCUCUUAUUUUGUACAAGUUGCGAUAAAUAAACCUUUGCAACUUAUUGGCCAAGGAAAUGUUAUAUUUUUAGCUCCAGGAGCUGAUCAUUGCAUUACAGUUCGCUCACCAAACGUAUCUAUUAAAGGAAUACAAAUUUAUCAGAAAUAUUCAAAUGUUCAUUCAGCAAUUUUAGUGGAAAGUGGUUCGAUUAGUAUCGAGGAAGCCCUUAUUUACUCAGAUUCAACACCAGCUAUCGUUUCUACCGGAAAUUCAUCUACUUUCCUCAACCUUACAAAAGUAAUUUCAACUUCCAGCGUCCCACUCUUUGCCUUAGAGGAUGCCAAGCUAGUUUUAGAGUCAUCUUAUGUCAGCGAUUCUAGUAAUACAGGAAUAGUGCUUUGCUGCAACUCUUCUGCCUCAAUUAUUGAUUCUGUAAUUUCAAAUCAUAAAAAAUGUGGCAUUAUAUGCAAGAACAAGUCCAGAUUACAGAUGAUAAACUCCCAGAUAACAGAUGUCCAACAGACAGGCCUUGAAAUAGGCUCAAACGGCGAAAAAAGUUUAAUUAAAAAUUGCAUCAUCACAAAAUGCAAUUGUUAUGGAGUAUCUAUCUAUGGAGAUGCAUCAGUAUCAGUCAUUGGCUGCAAUAUCAAUAACUGUACAAGCAGCGCCGUCGAUAUCUCAGGAAGUUCCGGAGUUUUCCUCAAAGAAAACAAUUUUACCAAAUGUGGAGCACCAUCUGUUGUCCUCAUAAACGAAAACGCGUCAGUUGAGAUCGAAAAAUGCACUUUUUCAGAUUCAUCAACAACCGGCGUUGGAGUUUUAGGUUCUUCCGAGCUGACAAUCAGUAAUUCCCAGAUAACAACUGUAAAUAGAGGCUUCGUGGUCAAUGACGACAGCUCUGUAUUGAUUCAAUCUACAAAAGUGACAGAAACAACUAAAUCAGCCAUCUCAAGCACAGGAAAAGCACAGCUUAAGGUUGCAGAUUCGACGUUUGAGAAGAUGGGCGAUGGUGGGUUUACUCUUGACGGAUUGACAGGAUUUGAAAUUUCAAAUUGUCAAUUUAAGUCAAUUAAAAACACUACUCUUCACAUUACUUCGACAUGUGAUUUCACAUUCAACAAAUUGAAGUUCACCAAUUGCGAUAUUGCAGUUGGAUGCACAAAAUCAAAUGGAAAUUUCAACGAAUGUGAAUUUAUAUCAUCAAAUGUUACCGCCCUUGAAUUCCAUGGCUGCAAAGGCACAUUAAAAGAAUGUAAGAUUGAUAAAAACAAGUGUGGAAUUAUCUGUGUCGAUAAAGCUUCGGCAACUUUAGAUCAUUGCCACAUGAAAGAUAAUAAUGUAGCUAUUCAGCUUCUCCAUAAAUCAGCUUUGACUUGUCGUAACUGCGGUAUAUCGGAUAAUGGUAUAAUUGCUGACGAAAAGUCCGUUGUUAAACUCAGACAAACAGAGUUUACAAAAUGUAAAGUUGGUUUACAAAUCGUCGGGGGAAGUUCCUCCGAUAUCGGAGAAAAUUCAAAAUUCAAAGAAUGUAAAGUUGGGAUUUUGAGUGAUUCUGGCAAAGUUACAUUAUCAAAUACAGAGUUUGAAAGUAAUGAUCUAGGUGUUGAACUUAAUAAUGGUUCAACAAUGAAGUCUUCUUCCGAUUCUUUCUCUCAUGGAAAAGGAGUUUCUUCGAUUUCAUUGUUCAAUAAAAGUGAAAUCUCGAUGAAGAAAGGAAAACUUGAGAAGCCAGGAAGUGUUGCCGUCUACUGCGAAGGAGCACACAACGUGUCUAUUAAAGAUUCCAAUGUUAGACAUGCAGGAAUUGCUGGCAUUGUCGUUGUUUCUUCAAAGGAAGUAGAAAUAGAAGGUGGAAAAUACGAAAAGAAUGAUAAAGCUGCUGUCAUUUUGAUAGGAGAAGGAAAGCAAAAGAUAUCGAAUAUAGCAGGAAAAGAAAAUGGAGAAGCAACAAUAUUAUGUGGAGAAAAAGCUUCCCCUUCAAUAGAAAAUGUGUCCGGAGAUGCAAAUGUUUCUGCUCCACUUACUUUGUGA